AUGUUAUCAACGCUAAGUGGCAAAAGAGUCAAAAUACAAUACAUACGAUCUAAAGAUGAUAACCCAGGACUUUUAGAGGUAAGUGGGCUACAAAACAUCGUCGCAUAUGGCGUUGCAGUAUUUCAAGUUAGCCUUAGCAGCUAGCUAGCUGUUCCUACGCAGUUACAAGUUCAUCCAUGCCAGCACGCCCAAGUAGACUGCAUUGUUGCUUGUUUGCACAAAAACCAUAGUUAUUAGUCAACGAGACAAGUUAUUGAACAACAUUUUAUGCAGGAUGAAUUAGGAACAUAAUAAUGAAUAUUUAUGUGAACCUUUUUGAUGACAUGUUGUUUGUACUCUAAUUUAUAAUCUGGUAUUUGUGUUCAACCAAAGACUAACAAUGUCAAUGCUCUUUGGUUCAGCUCCAUAGAAGAUGCGUUUUUCAUCACAUACACUUUUAAUCCUGCAAAUUAGCCCAUAGUUCUUUGUAGAUAUGCAGUCAAUUUAAUGCUGCAUAUGCCAUAGAUAGGAUGUGGUUGUCUCUGGGGUGGAGCUAAACCUUUCUUGACUGAUUGUAAUGACUCUUAUCUUCUAGAUUUUGAAGCCAGUUUCAUCAGGCUUCUGGACAAGGUAACCAAAGGGGCCAAAAUUGAAAAUCAAGUCAUGAGGGGCUGCAUGGCUACAGCCAGUGCAUGUCACACCUCCAAAAGACUGAUGUCAUUGGUGUUGUUUGUAAUCUGCAGCCACCUACCUGUGAAUGCAUGCAUGUACAUCAAACUGUCCAUGGCAGUCCACACUUCAGUGUCACACACGAACUCAUCAGCCCUUCAAGGAUAAUUAACAUAUUGGUAUUACCAAAACAUGCGUAAUAUUUUGUAAGCCUGGCCCUGUAAUAGUAUUGAUUAUCAGUAAUGAUCUUUCCUUGUAACAUGAAUGUUGCUCUCCAGCUCUUGAAUGUAUUUUAAGUUGGGAAAUGUUUCCAGCAUAUUUUGGAGACCUUGGACCCCCUCAUAGUGUCAUAAUGUUGAAACACAGCAUUUGCAAGGCACAUGCUAGAGUGGGUGUAGUUGCGUUUGUUGACAUGCACCUAAUGUCCACUAGGCAUUAUGUAAAGUGUAAACCCCUUUAGACGCAGAGGCCAGACCCAGACUGGUCUCCCUGACCUGGGCCAUGUUCAUAAGGGCACAUCGUAGCAAAAACGUUUUUGCAGCCAAAAACAAAAAUCGGUGUUCUUACUUAGUGGACACAGAUAAAGUAGAUCAAGUUGAAGUGGAACCUCCCUGUUUCAAAACAUGUUCUCCCUACUGAACACAACCGUAUCCUGAUUCUGUCCCUGCAGGAACGGUGCUGUUCUACCAGCCAGGCCUGCUGGACGGCGGCGUGGUGGAACAUGACUGUACCACCUAGCGCUCUGUGGGUUGCUACCUGGUUUCCCUAUUCAUGCUGGCUCCCUUCAUGAAGCAUCAUUUGAAGGCUGUGCUGAAGGGGGUCACCAACGACCCCCUCGGUGAGACCAUGUUCCUUUCCUACCUUAAAAGUACUUUGCGAAAACUGCUGGCGUAAAAAUGGCUUUAUAAAUACAUUUGAUUGGUUAUAUCAGCCUGCUGAAUUCUUCCCCCUUCUCUCAGAAGUGUGCACUCGUAGAGAAUCGGACCGCAGCCUUUAUUUUUGCUUCGUCCCAUUUUCCACACCUGUGGGCUGCCAUUGUAGUCCAUGCAGUCACGCGAGAGUAAGCUUAGUGGUUAAGAGCGUUGUGCCAGUAACCGAAAGGUCGCUGGUUCUAAUCCCCGAGCCGACUAGGUGAAAAAUCUGUCGAUGUGCCCUUGAGCAAGGCACUUAACCCUAAUUGCUCCUGUAAGUCGCUCUGGAUAAGAGCGUCUGCUAAAUGACAAAAAAACAAACAAAAAACAAAAACAAAAAAAUAAAUAAAAAAAAAUAAGCUACAACGUCAUCUCCCACAUCUACAGGCGGAAAAUGGGAGACCUUGGAUAAAAACGUGUUUUAAAAGCUUAUUUUAAUUACCACGUUUUCUGCGCUAAACUAUGUAGAAUAUUGGCCUGUUGGAAACUAUAGCUCCAUACUACAUCGCACAGUUCAGACUUGAUCUGAUUUAUCGCUACAGAAACUGCACAUUGAGCUCACAAAAACAAAAAAAUGAACGAAAUGGAAUUCAAAUAAUUGAACCGACGUCGGUCAAAUAGUUGUUUAAAAAAACGAAAAAUAACCGACAUUUCGGUUAAUGGAUCGGUACUAUAAUUUUUUUUACAUUUGGUACUACUGUCAAAUGUGUCUCACGUAGUCUACUGAUUGAGAGAAGAUCAAGUCUAUCAGCGCAGCUGAUGUUCCCCGUUAUGCCUGCUCCACAUUGCUAGCUCUAGCCCAGGGAUCUCCAACAGGCAGCCCACCAGUGAGUAUCUCACCAAUCAAUUCUGAAAGUACAUGCUUUUUUUCACGUGUUCCAUUUCAAACUGUCAUAAACCUAAAGCUCCUGGCUACUAUCCAAUCAAAGCCACAUUGACAUUAUCCCACACCUGGUUAACCCCUACUUAAAAAGCCAAACGUAACACAAUAUCUGCCAAUUAAUUUCAAGCAAUAUUGCCCGUCUGUCUGUUUGGUGCGCGCAUUUGUCUAUCACUCAGUAUGUAGCCAGUUAGCGACGCUAAUGAUAACUGUCUUGUGGGUGGUAGACUUUCCCCAAAAAAAGAUUUUGAAAGCUAUCAACAAAAAAAAAAAGAGUAGCUCGUGACGUUUUCAUUUUUGAAAAGUACCUCUCAUGCUAAAAAAGGUUGGAGACCCUCUACUCUAGCCUGUCCUGAGGAACCACUGCACUCACUGGGAGUCUGGCCUGCAUCACCACUCAUGCUGCACAGAACUGUUAAUUACUGUUUGCAAAACAAUGUCCAUUACUGGCUAGAACACUUUACAAUCAAGGUUCGAAAUCACAGGAGGCUGCUGAGGGGAGGACGGCUCAUAAUAAUGGCUGGAAUGGAGUAAAUGGAAUGGCAUCAAACACAUGACUUUGAUACCAUUCCAUUAAUUACGUUCCAGCCAUUACUAUGAGCCCGUCCUCCCCAAUUAAAGUGCUAUCAACCAAUCAAGAAGACAAGAAAGGCUACUAAAGUGUGACUUUGUCUUCGUGUUUCUUGGCUAGUCAUAUCGUUUUGGUCGCACACUAGGUUGUUUUUCAAUGUUAGUUUGAGUUUGUGGUGGAAUGUCAGGAGCAUUCAUUCAGGUGGAAUAUUCAAGACGCUGAAGAAAUUUGGCUUGGCACCUAAAACCCUCGCAAACUUUUACAGAUGCACAAUUGAGAGCAUCCUGUCGGACUGUAUCACCGCCUGGUACGGCAACUACGCCGCCCGCAACUGCAGGGCUCUCCAGAGGGUGGUGUGGUCUGCCCAACGCAUUACCGGGGGGCAAACUACCCGCCCUCCAGGACACCUACAGCACCCGAUGUCACAGGAAGGCCCAAAAGAUCAUCAAGGACAUCAACCACCUGAGCCACUGCCAGAAAGCGAGGUCAGUACAGGUGCAUCAAAGCUGGGACCGAGAGACAGAAAAACAGACUGUUAAAUAGCCAUCACUAGCACAUUAGAGGCUGCUGCUGCCUAUAUAAUAAUAAUAAUAAUAAUAAUAAUUAGUUAUUUAGCAGACGCUCUUAUCCAGAGCGACUUACAGGAGCAAUUUGGGUUAAGUGCCUUGCUCAAGGGCACAUCGACAGAUUUUUCACCUAGUCGGCUUGGGGAUUAGAACCAGCUAUAUAAAUCACUGGCCACUUUAAGAAAUGGAACACUAGUCACUUUAAUAAUGUUUACAUAUCUUGCAUUACUCAUCUCAUGUAUAUACUGUAUUCUAUAAUAUUCUACUGUAUCUUAGUCCAUGCCGCUCUGUCAUUGCUCGUCUGUAUAUGUAUAUAUUCUUCCAUUCCUUACUUAGAUUUGUGUGUAUUGGGUAUAUGUUGCGAAAUUGUUAGAUAUUAAUUGUUAGAUAUUACUGCACUGUUGGAGCUAGAAGCACAAGCAUUUCGCUACACCCGCAAUAACAUUUGCUAAACACGUGUAUGUGACAAAUACAAUCUGAUUGAUUUGAUUGAAUGUGUUGGUGUGUGGUGGAAUGUGUUGGUGGUGCAUAUGUUCCUUUGGCUCUUCUCUGCCUAUGUUGAUGCUGAUGUUUUGAACUGCUUUCCUUACUUCCGUCCAGGUGGUGAAGAGGGGGUUGGCUCCAGGUGGUGAAGAGGGGGUUGGCUCCAGGUGGUGAAGAGGGGGUUGGCUCCAGGUGGGGGAGGAGAGGUUCUGUUCUCGUGUCCCGUUCGCAAAACCCUCUUUUACGUCCAACUGUGGGACCCCGGCAAGAUCAAGAGAAUCAGAGAAAUAGUGUAUCCUUCACACUAUUAAUCACUUUCUCUUAUGGUCUUUGUCGAGAGUCUUGUCAGUUAUGUCAUGUUUUAGUCUUUGUCAAGUCCUCCUCUUGUUCACCAUCCAAAGGACACAGGGACAACUCAAAUUUCUGACUCAAUCUUUUUUAUUUUUAGUUUGCUUUCAGUUGAUUGGUCUGUCCAGUAAAUUAGCCAGUAAAUUAGGUUGUAAACCUUUAAAGACAGAACAAAAAGUUACCAUUUUAAUUAAACAUUUUAAUGAACUUAAAUUAGUUUAAACAUUUAAAUAAACAUUCUAAAUAACUUAAAUGAAUUAACCAUUUAAGCCUUUUACCAUUGGCGUCUUUGGACUGAACCUGUGAGUGAACUUGGAGUCUUCUCUCUGAAGUUUGUUCUUCUGAAUGACUGAGCUCCUCCAUGCCUUCACAGGUGCUCCAGAUCAGUGAAAAUGAUUGAUCAGGUGACAAGCAGCCGGUUUGCUGCUGCUGGUGCACUCUGGGAAGUGUAGUUCUUUGACUCAAUCCUGAGAUUCAGCUCAACAGUCUUUGUUUACAUUCUUGUAUUUUUCAAACUUCAACUGUCAUUGCCACCUCAUUGCUUUACCUGACUCUGUGUUUAAGUGAUUGAACUACUGCUUGACAAUAAAAUACAACUUUAUUGAUCCAUUCAUUAUACAGAGAAAACAGAAAUUGUUACACACCUUGACAUUGGUCAUACAGGUACUUUGUAAGUGUCUCUCCUCAGAUGGCCAACAGAAUAGUGGACUCUGCCAGAAGCGUACUGAACAAAUUCAUUCCAGAUAUUUACAUCUACACAGACCACAUGAAGGGGGACAAUUCUGGG